AUGACUCCUCGUCGCUCUUCUCGUGCCCGCACCUCCCAACCCUCGCCCGCCAUCCUUCAGCAUACAAAUUCCUCCAGCUCGUCGACUUCCUUGACUCGCGAAAGAAGCACUCGAUCGAACCAUAAAAUUUCCUCCCCUCAGAGAUCUUCAACCCAACGGUCUCAGUCCAUUGAUGAUGCGGACAGCGCCACAAGAAACGACUACCCACAAACGCGGCAGCGCCAGCGCUCCCGAGGAGAUGAUGACCAUGUGAGAUUGAAUGGGGAGGAGGAAGAUGAGGACGAAGACGGAGAGGGUGACGAAGAAGAAGAGGUUACCCGAUGUCUUUGUGGGCAGCAAGACUACCCAGGCCUGCCUCCCUCUCGGCGGGAGGCUCUCGGUCGCAGCGGGGCGGCCGUUGGGUUCAAGGAUCAACAUGCGUUGAAUCUUUCUGCAGAUUCAUCGGACCUGAUGUCCGACGAUAUCGGUAGCAUGUUCAUCCAGUGUGAUUCCUGCAAAGUUUGGCAACACGGUGGCUGUGUGGGUAUUAUGGAUGAAGCGAUGAGUCCCGACGAGUAUUUCUGUGAGGAGUGUCGGAAAGAUCUUCACAAAAUUAAGAAUGAGUCCAACGGACAAUAUUCAUCGCAGUACCUCCCAGUCGCCCCAGCCCAAUCUUCCCCUGCAACCUCCCGUGACUCGUCCCGUGAUAAUUCGCGACGGGCGAAGGACCCCAAAUCACGACAGAGCGAGUCGCUUGCCAACCCCAAACGCAGAUCAACCAUGAAUAGUCGUGAUGCGGCUUAUGACGAAGAGGAGCAGCUCCGGCGAGCGAUCGAGGAGAGCAAGGAAGAUACUCAGCCCCCCGCAGAGGACAUCGCUCUCCGACGAGGCAAGCGGAGUCGAAGUGACAGCGAAGCUCACAAGCAGGUGACGAAGCGCCAGCGUACAAGUUCCCCUUCACCAAGCGCUAUGUCAAAACCAGAGAACACAGAAUCCCAACCUGCAUCAGAAGAUGAGUCGAAGACAAAAGUUAAUGGCAACGGCACAAAGAACUCUAGGGUGGCACCGCGGGGUCAUCGUGAGAAGCCCAUCAAAGAAACAGAAGAACCCGAAACAGAUCACGCGGAGAUUGCGAGCCGUAAGAAGGGAAAGUUCGAGAGGCGAAAUGGUGAAGAUGCCGACCGUGAGAUAGCAUCGCCGACCAAAGCCACUGCGGAAGACCCUGAGCCUCCUCAAACUAGCCCGGAGACCGCUGCACCUGCUCCGGAACCUGCUCCCUCCCGUCCGUCAACCCGCAAGUCUGGACGCCCACCUGCGCGACGUGGUGGAAGGGUCGGACGUAAUCAAUAUACGAGGGACCGAGAUAUGAAUGGGGCUGACUCUCCACGACGGGGGCAAUCACACGAUAUCGGUGGGGAUUCGCCGAGAGUGGGGGCAGUCAACGGAGCGCACUACAAUGUGGAUUCUGGAAAACCGAGCAGGCCGCGCUAUAUGAACCCUCAACGGACUACCAUGAACGAGAUGAAGAGACGAGUUGCCGGAAUCCUUGAAUUUAUCUCCCGGAUGCAGGUCGAGAUGGCUGUUGCCGGCGAAACUUCCACCCCUCCCGGCAAUGGAGACCAACCAAAUGGCUCUCUCACAAAGGCCACGAUUGAUCAAAUCGAGACUGCAUUACUUUCGAAUACCAACGAAGUGCAGUCAGGGACAUCAAGCGUUGAUAGCGAAACAGCAUCUGGUCAGGCUCCCAAGGAGAAGGAGUUCAAAGAUCUGAGCAGCGUUGAAAUGAUGGAUGUCCUCACGCGUCAUCUCCUGAAAUGGCAACAGGAAUAUGGCAAAUUCGGGGAACGGUGA